AUGGCGAGCACUGUUGGAAAGACCAUCAAAUGUCAAGCUGCCGUUGCCUGGGAGGCUGGAAAGGAGUUGACCAUCGAAGAGAUCGAGGUAGAUCCUCCAAAGGCUCACGAGGUCCGAAUUCAGAUUCAUUAUACGGGAGUUUGCCAUACUGAUGCGUACACACUUUCCGGAAAAGACCCAGAGGGCGCAUUUCCCAUCGUCCUUGGCCAUGAGGGUGCUGGUAUUGUUGAGUCGGUUGGCGAGGGCGUCACCUCCGUGAAACCCGGUGAUAGGGUCAUCGCGCUAUACACGCCCGAAUGCAGAGAGUGUAAAUUCUGCAAAUCGGGCAAGACGAACCUUUGCGGAAAGAUCCGAGCCACCCAGGGCCGUGGUGUUAUGCCAGAUGGUACUACCCGCUUCAGAGCCCGUGGAAAAGAUCUGCUGCACUUCAUGGGAACGUCUACUUUCUCUCAAUACACCGUUGUGGCCGAUAUAUCAGUUGUUGCGAUCACAGACAAGAUUGGGCUAGAUAGGGCCUGUCUUCUGGGAUGUGGCAUUACCACCGGCUAUGGAGCCGCAACAGUCACUGCCAAAGUGGAAGAAGGCUCGAACGUUGCUGUGUUCGGUGCUGGAUGUGUUGGUCUCUCUGUUAUUCAGGGAGCUGUCCAGAACAAGGCUGGUAGAAUCAUUGCUGUUGAUGUGAACGACACCAAGGAAGAAUGGGCACGCAAAUUCGGCGCCACUGAGUUUGUCAACCCCUCCAAGCUAGGAAACAAAUCAAUCCAGGAAUACCUGAUUGAAACCACCGAUGGUGGCUGUGACUAUACCUUUGACUGCACUGGCAAUGUUGGUGUCAUGCGAGCUGCCCUCGAGGCUUGCCACAAGGGAUGGGGCGAGAGCAUCAUUAUCGGUGUCGCAGCUGCUGGACAGGAGAUUUCUACUCGGCCAUUCCAACUCGUCACAGGCCGUGUGUGGAAAGGAUGCGCCUUUGGAGGGAUCAAAGGGCGCACUCAACUUCCUGACCUCGUUGAUGACUACCUCAAUGGCAAGCUGAAGGUGGACGAAUUCAUCACUCACCGCGAGAACCUGCCCAGAAUCAACACUGCCUUCGACGAGAUGAAGGCUGGAGACUGCAUCCGAUGCGUCGUCGACAUGACCAAGUAA